GUCGGGUCCCCGGCAGAGGGCGCGGUCUGCGGUGUCUGUCUCUCCACCCGGCUCUGUGUCUCUGAGUGUUUGUGUUUCUCGUUCCCUCUCUCUGACUCUGUACUUUUCUGUCUGUGUGUCUCUCCUGUACCUACAUGUCAUUAUGUCCCUGUCUCUCUCUGCAACCGUCUGCCUGUUUCGGCCUCUUUUAGUCCCUAGGUCGCUAUCUCUCCAAAUUGCCGCCUGUGUCCCUAUCUCUCUCUCUGCCUCGCUCAGUCUCUCCCUGAGUCUCCCUCCUCGUGUCUCUGAUUUUUGUGUCCCAUUUCAUCUUCCGUGUCUUUCCCUAGUCUGCAUCCCCACCACGGGGGAGCCUUGCCCUCCUGUUUUCCACCUCCUCCUACGACUUUGGAGCCGACUGGGUGGGCGGCUUGGCGGACCACGGGCACCCCCGUGUGGCCGGCAGAGGACUGUCAGGAGAGGACAGUGGGCUGAGUGUGUGCGUAGCUAUUGCAGACACUGUGGGUGUCCAUGGGUGACACUAGGAGAUGGUGUGACGCCGAGACUCACUAUCCCUGAGCAGCAACAGCGAUCUUAAUUCCUUGUUCUCCCUGGAGCCACCGCUAAUUGGCCUUGGGAGGGGCCCCCUCCUGCCUCAUGCUCUAUCUCUGGGAGCAGCCAUGUCCAACAACAUGGCCAAGAUCGCGGAGGCCCGGAAGACGGUGGAACAGCUGAAGCUGGAGGUGAACAUCGACCGCAUGAAGGUGUCGCAGGCUGCGGCCGAGCUCCUGGCCUUCUGCGAGACUCACGCCAAAGACGACCCGCUGGUGACGCCGGUACCCGCCGCAGAAAACCCUUUCCGUGACAAGCGCCUCUUCUGCGUCCUUCUCUGAGCCCUCCCGACAGUAUACCCUCCCCUGCCAAAGUAUGAACCCAAUAAACGUGAUGACUGUG